CAAAAGUUUUGUGAGCUGGAAAUUCUACACUUUGCUGAUACACUUUUUCCGAAUGUAGUGCAAAGUUUAGUAGUUUGUAAAGAACAUGGAUGCACUACAGCAAAGCAUUAUAGCGUCGAAGAUGUUUAUCAACAUCAGCGUUCUGUCGAUUGCGCUGAACUCGUCGUUUUUUGGUUAUUUGCUGUACAGUAACCGGCUUUACGAUGUGGGAAGGUGUUGUUCAUCGUUCGUGCUGUUAAUUUUGCCACUGUCGGAGAUAUUAAAACAUCUCUACGUAAAAAGGACAUUUCAACUAGAAACCGGGCCGAAAUCCACCGUACAGUCUUCGACGGGAAGAGGCUCGGGAGCGGCGAAUGCGAAAGCCACCAAAGCACGCUGGAGUGAAUGGUUCGGUUCAGGAGUGCUGUUUGCCCUGGCCACACUGUUCUAUGCAUUCAUAUGCGUUGUUGUUGGCGCACCACUGGAUCAGUAUGAAGAAACGCUAUCCCUGGCAGUGACACUGACGACGGUAACCAUCUUUCCGAUCAUGCUGCUUCUUGGGCAAUCACAAACCUAUCAACUGCUGCUCUCGGAAACGCUGGAACUGAAGAGCCCGCUUGCGAAUAGUUAUCUAAAUUUGCUUAAGAACAACUGCAUAGGUGUUAUUUUGGGUGCUUGGGGUGCGUCGGUGGUUGCUCCGCUGGAUUGGGAUCGACCGUGGCAGGUCUACCCCAUCCCGAAUGUGGUCGGCUCGAUAGGAGGACUGUUCGGGAUGAGUGUGUUUAAUCUGCUGAGCACGGCGUACAUUAGCAUGUAUCGUAAUCGGCGGACCAAAACUCAGUAACGCUCCAGUAUUCGUACCAAACAGGGAUGCAUAUCUAGUCGUGUAAGCCAAAAUAAACCUUAAUUCAUACCAACUAUAAGAAGUAUUGUAUGAAAUGUAAAAGAAGAUUGCCAUAGUCCGAUAAAGUAGAUGAUAUGCUAUUCCGCAAAUCACGUGCUUGAGAAGGUCAUGCGAAGAUGUGGAUAAAAAGUCAUCCGCUCUUUAGUGGAGUUAUUGACUAAUAAAACUUGUAUUCUUUCACUAUUAUUAAAAACGUAGAGAUAAUAAAA